CCAAGCUAAAAAAAUUGCAGUUGUGUAUAAUGGAGAUUAGUAGUUCUCAUGUCACUCUUUCGAUAAUGGAAUUAUUUCCUGGGGGGGUGAUUUUCCACUCGAAAAAGUCUUUCGUAUUUGUAUUUUUUUUUGGAAAUUGUCUUAUAACAUACUGUUUACUUAACCCACUUCUUCUUAAAUCAGUUCACCAUCUGCUUAGCACUAAGAAAUCUCUUGAGUUUCACCAAAAAUCGACUCAUAACUGUUCUUCAGAGGUGCUAAUGAUCCUCUGGAAGACAAGUCGGAGCUCGACUCAGAGGCACCUCAGUAUUCAAUGAAAUACAAUGGAGGGCAUUCUGGCAAUUCUCCUCUUUUCCUUGACACUCGCUAGUGCAUCAAAGUGUCCAGAGGCAAGAAAACCACACGUAACGGGGUGUUCUAUUUAUUACGAGUGCAUUAAUCUCCCUGAAGGAGGGUAUGUGUGGGCGCCAGCGAAAUGUCCAGAAGGGUUGAUGUUUCAACCUUAUCUACGCCUCUGCGUCCUCCCAGGAGACUCCUGGGCGUGUGUGGAACAUUCAACUCAUGCCUCAACAAACUUAAAAACCCCGGAAUUGCUUGACGAAACCAAGACGAGUUACCAUGAAUUGAAUCCACAUUAUUUCAAUUCUCCUGAAUACCUCAAUCUCGGUAAUUUCGUCUCGACAAUUCCACAUCCACUGAUAGAAGUUGAAAAUCUCAACGAAAAGGAAAACCACGUUCAAGGCUCCCAGAAACUCCCAAACAACAUAAAAGCGAUGGGAACAAAUGGAGUAGAAAAUGUGAAUGGAUUUAGUCAAGUGAUAUUCUACAGAUACCCAGGAUCUGCUCCUUCAUCUCCAGUAAUUGACGCAUCCAACAAUGAAUUUAUCGUGCAAUUCAUCCGCAAUUACGUAUUUAAUCACACUAUCAAUUCAAGAGGCGACAGAAAACGUAUGAAGAACAGUUCAAGCACGACCGAGAGGAUUAAUGACCCUGGAGAUGGGCCAGAAGUUACUGCGACGAGUGAUAUACCACCCAAGGACGAACUUAUUGAUGAGGCCAAUAAUGUAAUAGCCAUCAUAGGUAAUUUAGGUAACAGGGAAUACGUAACAACUGAAAAAUACAAAUCACUGUCGACACAAAUGAAAAUUGAGGUGAUCGAAGUUGUCCCCUGUAUAACAGGCAUCCGUCUGCCAAAUGCCACAAAUUGCAUGAAGUAUUAUAUGUGUGAGCCAAAAACAGCUGAGGUGUACGAUUUUACGUGUCCUCAGAAUACAGCUUUCAAUGCACAGAUUAAUUUAUGUGAUCAUCGCAAACAUAUAUCGUGUAAAAAAAUUACUGAAGGACUUCAUGUGGAAAAACUCAUUCUUGUUCAAGAAAAGGGCGAUCCGACGCGAGAGGAUAACCCUUGCGAGAAAACGGGAAAAUAUGCAGAUAAAAAUUCCGCGAAAUUUUACUAUUUGUGUUACACAGAUGAACAUUCGGAAAAAAUCAAAUCUGUAAAAUUAUCCUGCCCCAAUAAUUUAAUGUUCUGUGAGAAAAAAAAGGCCUGUGUAUCUAAACGUUUUUGUUACGCGGUGGAAUAGCUCGUUCCAAGAAAAAAAAAGUAAAGCAGCAACGUAACUUGAAAACUUGACAGACGCAAAACAAUUUCCAGGGUAUCAUGUGAUUCCCUAUUUCAUUGUUUGUAAUUUAAACAUUUUCUUAAAUAAAAAGAAAAAAUAGUUUU